ACUUCGUUCUCUAGUAUGUUAGGCAUGACACACUAGUUAAAUUUGUAACAGACUAUUAUAUGACCACAUAUUAUAUAGGUUUCACCAUUAGACCCGACCUUAUUUAUUUAGACAAACUUAAAAACGAAGAACAUGUGUGUAACAGUAACACGUAUCUUAUCUUAAGAUAUAGUUUUGCUUAUGUUGAUAGAUUUUCACUUACUAAAUUGCAGCUUGAAAUUCUUUAACGUGCCAAUUCUUCUCUAUUCCAGGGAUCGAUAUCAGUUAGCAUGUCUGUGUACCAGACUCUCUUCUGUUUCGUUUGUACCCACUUAACAUCAGGUGACAAAGAUGGGGAUGCAGUCAAAAGAAAUGCCAAUGUGCAUGAAAUUCAUCGAAGGACACAUUUCAAUACAGAACCCGGUGGUGGCCUUGCUAAAUGUAUAAAUGACCAUGAGAGAAUAAUCUGGAUGGGGGAUUUAAAUUAUCGUAUCAACUUAUCAUAUGAAGAAACACUGGAGCUAAUAUCCAAAAAAGACUGGCCUAAGUUAAUUGAGAGUGAUCAGCUGACCAGAGAGUUCAGGAAAGGGUGUGCCUUUGACGGAUGGUCCGAAGGCAUUCUGAAAUUUCCACCAACAUAUAAGUACGAAAGAGACUCAGACAAGUACCAUGGGGAGGAUCCAAGAGCCGUGAGGCGUACCCCAGCAUGGUGUGACCGGAUACUUUCAUCAGGGAAGGGAAUGCGGUUGCUGAGAUACAGGAGAUGUGAACUUAGGCUUUCUGACCACAGGCCGGUGACAGCUACUUAUAUGGUAGAGGUUGAGGUGUUCUCAGCCAGGAAGCUGCAGCGAGCCCUCACUUACACUGAUGCAGAGAUUGAGAACGAGGAAGUCGUCACGCAUUCUUUCCAUUUGACAGAAUGAUCCUGAGACCCAAUUGAUGUCACUGAUGGUUUGUUUGAUCCUUGAUUGUAUAGGUUAGCACUGCAUUUCGUCUUAUGGUAUAGGUUCUCUUUGCUGUAAAUCAUUGUUAUAUGUUCUAGGCUUGAUCCCAAUAUAUAAUCCAAGUUUUAUGAAAGGGCACUUAUUAAGUGUUCCAUGGAUUAUCCCUUGUUUGGUAAAGUUUGUCUCACACAAAUAUUAUUUUAGUAAAAUUAAUAGUUGUGUUAAUAGACUGAUUACCAAACAAAUAUUCCAACAAAUUGUAUCCAAAAGCAACUGAACAAUUUGG